UGGUGCAACGUCCGCUGUUGUUUUGAAUAAUAUUUCCCAUUUUGUUCUCUUUUAACUUUAGGAAUAUUUGUCGCAUCUCCUUGAUUUGGAUUCGGGUGGUUAAAAUAUGGCUGUUCUUUGUUCUUUUGACGCCCGGAAAAGCAGAUACUCCUCCUGCGUUUCGUUCCGUCUGCUCUUUGUACUAGUCUUUGUUCUGACCGUUGCGCACGGGCAGGUCCGUUACUCCAUUCCUGAGGAGAUGAAUAAGGGCUCUGUUGUGGGAAAUAUCGUUCAGGAUCUCGGUUUGGAUGUUAAAAGACUGAAAUCUGGUCGAGCGCGGAUCUUCACGGAGGACAGUCGUGAGUACAUCGGUCUAAAUGUGGAUAGAGGGACUCUGGUAGUGAGAGAGAGAAUAGAUAGAGAGGAGCUGUGCGCCCAGGUCACUCCAUGCUCCUUACACUUCCAGAUCAUUCUAGAAAACCCGAUGGAGCUGCACAGAAUUGAUGUGGAAAUAUUAGAUAUUAAUGAUCAUGCUCCUGUUUUUGCAAGAAAAGAGAUUAAUAUUGAUGUUGGUGAGCUAGCUGUCCCUGGUGCUCGGUUUUCUUUAGAUAAUGCGCAGGAUCCUGAUGUAGGUCUGAAUGCACUGCAGAAAUACACUCUUAAUCCAACAGAUCAUUUUUCAUUGAAGGAUGUAACUGAUAGUGAUGGAAUGAAAUAUGUCGAAAUGGUUUUAAAAACGCCUCUUGAUAGAGAAGAAAAAGAGCAACAUAAUUUAGUUUUAUCAGCAUUUGAUGGAGGCUCUCCUCCUAAGUCCGGAACCGUUAAAGUCAAUGUAAAUGUUAUGGACGCAAAUGAUAAUUCUCCUGUAUUUAGUCAGCCUGUUUACAGGGCUUCAUUAUCUGAAAACUCACCAAAAGGUACUGUUAUUGUCACCGUGAAUGCAUCAGAUCGAGACAAAGGGGCGAAUGCUGAUGUGGUCUACUCGUUUUCCCAAAGCUCUGGAAAAGCGUUAGAUUUAUUCAACAUUGAUGCCCACACCGGUGACAUUACAGUGAACGGUGACCUCGAUUUCGAGAAAAACAAGCAAUUUCAGUUAAACGUGGAAGCAACAGAUAAGGGAGGUUUAAAGGAUUCCAGUAAAGUCGCUAUUGAAUUGGUCGAUGUUAACGACAACGCUCCUGUUAUGAGUGUUAUUUCUUUCUCUAAUCCGGUUGCUGAAGAUUCCGCUCCUGGGACUGUGAUAGCGAUGUUAAAUGUAAAAGACUUAGAUUCGGGUAAGAACGGGCAGGUAAAAUGUACCAUUGAUUCAAAUUUACCGUUUAAAAUACAACAAUCGACCUCCAAUUUCUAUAGCUUAGUAACUGAACGAGUUUUGGAUCGUGAGACGACACCCGAAUAUAAUAUAACAAUCAGAGCUACUGAUGAGGGCUCACCUUCAUUCUCUACUAAUAAAACACUGCAGCUUAAAAUAUCUGAUGUCAAUGACAACGCCCCUGUGUUCCAGCGUCAGUCUUACACCGCUUAUGUGAUGGAAAAUAACACACCUGGAGUGUCUAUAUUUGCAGUCACAGCAAGUGAUAAAGACUCUGGUAACAAUGCGCGCAUUUCAUAUUUUCUUGAGGAUGUUCUCGUUAAUGGAGUUUCAGCCUCCACUUAUAUUUCAGUUCAUGCAGAGAGCGGAGAGAUUCUGGCUGUUCGUUCUUUUGAUUACGAGCAAACAAAAGAGUUUAAUAUCCGCGUAAAAGCGCAGGACGGAGGAAACCCACCUCUCAGUAGCAAUGUGAGUGUGAAGAUCAUCAUUCAGGACCAGAACGACAACGCGCCUCAGGUUCUGUACCCAGUCCAGACUGGGGGCUCUGUGGUGGCUGAAAUGGUGCCUCGCUCAGCAGAUGUGGGCUAUCUCGUGACUAAAGUGGUGGCUGUUGAUGUGGACUCUGGACAGAAUGCCUGGCUCUCAUAUAAACUGCAGAAAGCCACAGACAGGGCGCUGUUUGAAGUGGGCGCACAGAAUGGAGAAAUAAGAACUGUGCGCCAAGUGACCGAUAAAGAUGCUGUGAAGCAGAAGCUCACUGUUGUAGUGGAGGACAACGGGCAGCCCUCUCGUUCAGCUACGGUCAAUAUUAACGUGGCGGUGGCGGACAGUUUCCCUGAAGUGCUCUCGGAGUUCACUGACUUCACGCACGACAAGGAUUACAACGACAACCUGACUUUCUAUCUAGUCUUGGCCUUGGCUGUAGUUUCAUUUCUCUUUAUCGUCUCCAUCAUAGCCAUACUGUCAGUCAAAUGCUACAGAUGGAGACGAGAGCGGCUGUUUUAUAAAUCAGGUGCCAAUCUGCCAGUUAUUCCAUAUUAUCCACCCCUUUACGCAGACGUAGGAGGGACGGGGACUUUACAGCAUGUGUAUAAUUAUGAGGUUUGCAGAACGACUGACUCCAGAAAGAGUGAUCUGAAAUAUGUCAGACCUUCCAGUGAGAGCAUCAUUAGCUUGGACACCAGUGGAACGCAAACACUCACGCAUGCGCAGAGGGGGAAACUGACCAGUGACUCGGUGGAUCAGGUGAGAUGAAGUCACUGACGUCAUGAAUUAUGUUCAUUGCUAACUUUGAUUUGAA